AAAGACAACUCUUGACAUUCAUUGAUUGAUUCCACGUAUAUAGUUCCCUCUUAUUUCUUUAAUUUAUUGUUGUUUUCUUCCAUCAAUCGUCUGCUUAGACAUAAGCAUCUUAAUUUCGAUUCAAAAUGACGACACAACCAGACUACGUUACUAAGGCUAAGUUAGCUGAACAAGCAGAAAGGUACGAUGAUAUGGCCGCGGCGAUGAAAGAAUGUGUGGAAAGAGCGAGUGGAAAAGAUGCAUUAGAAAAUGAGGAUCGAAAUCUACUAUCGGUAGCUUACAAGAACGUAGUAGGAGCUCGAAGAUCGGCAUGGCGAGUCAUUUCCAGUAUCGAACAGAAGACAGAUGCGAACGACAAAAAACAACUAAUGGCUAAAGAAUAUAGAGAAAAGGUGGAAGAGGAAUUAAAAAAGAUUUGUAAAGAAGUUUUGGAAUUGUUGGAUAAAUACCUUAUACCUAAAGCUAGAGAACGAUUGGAAGGUGAGAAAGAUGAUCAGAAAUGUUUUGAUAGUCUGGUAUUUUAUUUAAAAAUGAAGGGAGAUUACUAUCGUUAUUUGGCUGAAGUUAGUCAGAGUGAUGAAAAAGACAAAGUGGUUGAAGCUUCUAAGCAGUCUUACCAAGAUGCAAAAAAAAUUGCAGAAAACAUGCAGACUACACAUCCUAUUCGAUUGGGGUUGGCCCUGAAUUUUUCAGUUUUCUAUUAUGAGAUCAUGAAUAGUCCUGAUAAGGCCUGUGAAUUAGCUAAAAGUGCAUUUGAUGAAGCUAUAACCUGUCUAGAUACCCUGAAUGAAGAUUCGUAUAAAGAUAGCACAUUGAUCAUGCAGCUGCUGAGAGACAAUUUAACACUUUGGACGUCUGACAACCAGGCUGAGGAAACUGAUGCUACUGAAACAGAGCAACAGUGAUUGGAUAAUAAUUAGCUUUUUAUAUCUCCAUGGUAACAUGUUGAAUGACACAACUGUGUGGUCAUGUGACCGAGGAGGCUCAAUUUUAAUUGGUUGGCUGAUCAUCGGACUUGUUUAUUUAUAAACAUACAAAAUAUUUUACUGUUCAUGCAUUAUUUCCUUUUUUUGGCGCCAAUUUUUGUGGUUUUUGGUUUCGUUGUUAUUCAUUGUGGUUUGUCAAUGUUACAAAUUUUGAAGAUUAAAAUUCUGCUUUCUUAUUUUUUGAUAUUUUGGAUCUCGACUUUUGAAAAAAACCACAAAAAUUGGAUUGAAAUGACUGUGAAUUAAUGCGAGCCGUAACAUACUCUCCAAGAAAAAGUUCUGUUUUUACCUGUGACAAACAACAAAUCGAUCUGUAUUAACUUUAAACGACAAACAUUUUGUCUUCAAUUCGGCUGAAUUUUAUCAUAUAGUCUUUGUCUUCGUUCGUAUUGCACUGAGUUACUGCCCUUGGUUACAAAACAUUUUUCAAAUAUACAACAACUGAAAGCUGCUAAGUUUUUGAUUUUUCAAAUAACAGAUGAAUACAGAAAUGAAAUCUGAAUUUGUAUUCAAAAAGCAACAUAAAAUGUGUGGUCGAUUUGAAAAAAGUUUCGUAACCAUCAGUCAAACUUAUUAGAAUCGAAAACGCUAAAUGCAUAGUUUCACAUUUAGUUUUGAAGAAUAAAUUGUCAUAUCAAGAUGUCUCAUCUCAAAGCUUCUUUAAUUUUAUAUUUACAUCCAAAUGUGUCAAAGAUAACUGUGGCCAUUCUAACAAUUUGAUAUCAUCUCUUACUCUCCUGCAAGUAGUUUAAAAUUAUCGCUUGUUUUAUUUUGAAAAAACUCUGCUUAAAGUAAACAAACGUAAACAGUUAUUUUGGCGGGAUUUUUGUCUUUGUCUCGCUCACUCACUAUUCCAAGGGUUAAAUGCUGAAUGCAAAAUCUAAAAUCAUACCAAAUUGGGUGUAUGUAUGUGAAUUGUCGUACCUCUGUUCGUUUUGAAAAUAUCAUUAUUAUUAUUAUUAUUAUUAUUCCUUAGAUGUAGUUCAUAUUUAGAAUUAAUUGGAGAAAAAAUCAUUGAUUUUCCCUUUCAUUUUGUUUUUUUUUAACAUGACUUAAAAAAAUUACGCGAGAAGCGAGAGAUUUUGACAGAAUUUUGGUUAUUUCAAUAUUUGUAUUUCUGUUUCAAAUGUUUGGCAAGAUUGUUUUAUGCUUUUUCCGGUUUUUGCAAGUGGCCAUUACAAUUUGAAUAUUCUUGAAAGUAAAUAUAAAUGAAAUUUUGGGGUUUUGGUCCUAUUUCUCUGAACUUAAUUUAAAAGAUAACAAUAAUCUGAAAUUUAGAUCAUUUUUGCUUACUAACUUAAUAAAACUUUAACUAGAGUUAAAAUAAAAACUAAAAUCGUUGGUUAAUUGUUUGUAAUAUUCUCCAAGCCCUGUUUCAUGCAUAAUGUUUCUCUUUAUUAGAUAAAAACUAUCUCUGAACAGUUUCCGUGUUCAUUUCAAACUAAUGAUUAGUAAGAAGUAGAAAAUAUCAUAAUUUCUCAAUAUGUUACAGAAAUAAAAUCACUAAUAGUCAACUUCUACCGCCUCAAUUCUCUUUUAAUUGGAUUUUCUCUGAAAUUCCAAUUCUUGCAUUCCGAUUGGUCAACUAUAAAUAGCUUCCAAUCAUAUCCUCUGGAAUUUUUCUAUUUUUGGCAUGAGAAUUUGGUUCCCUGUAGUUUAAAGAACAGAUAAUGGAAAUUUCUCCUGUGUUUUAAGAAAUUGCGAAGGAUUUUGUGGAGUAAAUUUUGGUCUGUCUGUGAAAGAGUUGUCUGUAUUGUUCUCACUCUGUUUUCAAUUGCUAUAUUAUUUUAUUUACCUAUUAUUAAUUGGCACAUAAAAUAAUAAACCCGAAAUAAAAAGCCAACCAGAAGC